AUGCCUGAUCAGCCUGAAAUUCAUUCCAACAAGAGUGGUUCUCACGACGACGCCAGCACAAAAGUUGCUGAUAGUGAUGUGGUUCGGAAGCUGGGAAGUUUACAUAUCUCGAAAACAACUAGGCCAGUUAAAUCAGCAAGGCUACCAAAGAACUCCGGUGCUGUCAAGAAGUUCCAUAAACACGUCUGUAAACUGGUAUGGACUCAUCUUACUCGUAUUCGUAAAGAUUCGAUACCCCAUAUUGAAAUCGAAAUUAAAUUUGGCAUGAUAACAGACAAAAAGACACAUCGCAGAAUAGCACAUCGCAGUAAGCCUUCCAUUGUUCAGGGUAGUAAUGGUCGCUUGGUAUCUAAUGUUUCCGGAAAAACGUUCUCGAGAUUUCAAGAAUUACUCUGUUCAAAGCCUGUAAAUACAAAAAUAGGUUCACUAAGCGCUGUCAGACGGGCACAAACUUAUACGAAAGAUACGAUAUAUAACGUUAAGAACGUUCCCAAAGCCGAUAGGCUAGCUUCCUGGCGUUGUUCAGAAGACCUGAAAAGCAAGGAAUCAAAAAGCACUUAUAUCAAAAAGAUUCGCGUCAAGGAUCUUCUUCUUCAUUAUCCUCAAAGUUCACUAGACGCUAAAGUUAGCAUCAGUAUUGAAGUACCUCAGUACGAAAUUUCAGCCUUUUUAGGGAAUGAUUCUGUAUUACAAAGAUUUAAAGAGCGCUCUACCUACUGCUUCGAUGAUAAGAUGAUACCUUUGCACUUGGAUUUGACUAAAGUUACUACUAAGCGGAAUGGGCUUUCCCAUCAAUUCACAACACGUGAAGUAGAGGUAGAGAUGAAUCCUAUAUUCAAAGAUACCAUUUUUGCCAAUGAUGAAGAAAAGUUUGAUGAUUACAUGAAUUUGUUUUUACACACAAGCAAUCUCAUUUGUAAGGCAGCUGAGCCCGAAAAACAAUGA